AUGCAAUACAGCAGAGUAAACGGGUGGUCGAUUCCACUUCAUCCUUUGCAAGGACUGGCUUGGAUCGCUUUCGUUAUUUUCGUGCUCGAAUAUUAUGGCGUCCUGACACCCACAACCAUGGAAAUAGAGUAUUACUUUUUGGUAGGCUUUAAUAGCAUAUUCCUCGUGUCCUACCUGAUAUUCACAAUUACUGCGGUGACCAUAAAUCCGGCUGAAAAGGAAGUGCGGAUCAGGCAAGCCAACCGAAGGAAAAGAGUUCCUGACUUGGAUCCGCGCCACGCCCACGUCAUUGAAAACUUUUACUGUAACCUAUGUGAAUUGCCAAUAUCCAGUUCCCGCACCAAACACUGCAAGUCUUGCAACAAAUGUGUGUCAAAUUUCGACCACCACUGUAAAUGGUUGAACAACUGUGUGGGCGACCAAAAUUACAUCUUCUUUGUGGGAAUUUUAGUAACUGCCUGCCUUUCCCUCACUUUGACUACGAGUCUUUCCAUCCUCGUCGGCAUCACCUACUUCUCCGACCGAUUGCAAGGCAGAUGGCUUCGACCUUAUCGCGACUACUGGAUCACUCACGGCAAUGGCACUUUGAGCCAGCUGGAACACCUAAUAUCAAAAGGUGAUAUUUUUCGUAUAUUCAACGCCCCAGUAACUGGAGAUGUGUUCCUCGGCGUGGUGAUUGCUGGGGGCAUACUGGUCCUUGUAACCGAUGCGCUUCUGCUUCACCUGCUUGGAUUUCAUGGAUAUUUGUAUUUCAAGCACAUGACCACUUAUGAGUUCAUUGUUGCACAACGUCAGAAGAGAGACAAAAAGUCCAAAAAUGCCGCACCCAAGCUACAAACCGACAUGUCUGAUGCGUCAUCCAAACAAACCCCAUUCUCUCUUACCAACGCCAGUCAGUCAACUCUGCCCACAGUCCACAACAAUCUGCAAGGAAUGGGAUCACCACGUUCAGCAAGAGAGCCGAAGUCAAACAAUGCCAAUAUGAAGGAUGCUCUUUCUAGCACGUUCAAACCGGUGAGAAUGAAAUGGAAUGGUACCGACGACCCCAAUGAAUCGUGGGAGUUCACCACAGAGAGUACAGAGGGAUCGAAUGAACUUGUAAAGCGUCCAACCAGCCUCUCACCUCUGUGCAGUCGGACCGUACCAAGAAAUGUCGUCGUUCCUUUGGACACCUCAGAUUCCACGCUGACCAAGCCCGUUACAGUGCACCCACAAAGAUUGAUGACAGAACCAUCUAACUCCUUUGGCGAUACAGUUGUUUCGCAGGAGAAUGGGGACUUUACUGAUGGUAUAGUAAAUUUACCGGGAACUUUCGCGACUAAACGCCAGAGUCUGUUUCCCUUGGCAUACACAGAAGGCAACGGGGGCACUAUGAGAUCCGUUCCCCAAACGCACCUGCAAACAUCUGGAACCGGAUCGAUUACCUUCUCCGAAGAGGACGGAAACGAGAAUUCCUGUGGUGGUUCGACAACUAUCGGUUAAUUAAAUCAAUGGAAACCGGUGCUUUGACGCUUUGUCAAGUUAUGCAUUUAUUACCCACCCAAAAACAAACGAUGUAUGUGGAGUGAUGAUGAUCCAUUUACCCCUUCUGUACAUAAAAUGUCGUCAGAGAUCAGCAUUCACUUCUUCAGUCAUGUGUAGUAUGCUGCUGUGUCCACUGACAAUGAACAGAUCAUAUAUCUGAUUUGCUUCCUGUCUACACCCAUUUGUCAGACCCGUCAAAAUAACAGGUUUUAUGAUCUCAUUCAUGUACAUUCGAAAGUUUUACCAUCUACUUUAUUGGAACAUUGUCCAGAUAAGUGGGCUAUACAUCGGCUAAUACCAAUCACAGUCCAUCAGAUAACGCACCCAAAACAAAUACAUUACAUCUGAA